GAAUGCGCCAAAAGUAAACGCCGAUGCAGCAAGGACAACAUCCCCUGCUCGAGGUGUCGGCAGCUGAAUCUCAGAUGCACGAGGGAGACUGUGCAGCUGCGCCGUCAUACCGUCCGCCAUGGGGAUGAGAUCAAAUUCCUAAGCUCGCUGCAGCAGCAGCAGCAGCAGCAGCAGCAGCAGCAGCUAGCGCAGAUAGUAUUGAAUGUAAAGGGCCGGAUCACGCAGCUGCAAACCGGGAGCGAUGCUCCUCCCCGGGAGGUGCCACCGUCGGAUUCAAUCUCGCAUUUGAUGCCACCAGACCAUGACAAAAGCUGUGCCCCCGAGACGACAGAUGCGUUGUUGUGUCUGACUGCCAUUGAACAUCUAGCCUGGGGCCGGAACUCGGCUGGAUGCUUUCCACAUCUCCGGUGUGGGUGUCAAUACAGCCGGAGCAGUCCGAAUGGAAGCCAGGCUCUGAUCGACAGCCAGAAACUGCCGUUUCUCGGACCUGUGCAUGUGCUGCAGGCCCUGAAUGUCUCCUUUGUCGACGCCUCGACUGCAGAGGCGCUUGUCAGGAUCCAUCUGUCCCAUCUAGCCUGGCACCAUGACUGUCUCCACACUCCGACCUUUCUCGAGCAGUGCGGGGUGUUCUGGGAAACAGGCCGGUGCGAUCAUCCUUUGUGGAUGGCGCUUUACUUUUCCGUCCUGAGCUCGACGGUAUUUUCGAUGCGGAAUAGCAACAAGAAGGCGAGGGCUGCCGUCGAUCUCGACCUGGACACGGUACCGUCGGCGGAAGAAUUCUUCAAGUCCAUGCUGCAUGUUCUUUACACCUGCCAUUUUUUAUACGAUUUAUCGGUGUAUUCCGUGCAGGCCGUGGUCAUCUCCACCGAGGUUGCGCAUAACUUCGGCCUGAGCCAGCUGAACGCUACUCUCUUCAAUGCGGCGGUUCGCAUUGCCGAAUGCCUGGGUCUCCACCGGAUCAACGACGCUGCCCCAGACACGCAAGAAGAAUGGAUCGAGAGGGUCCAACGCGAAGUCGGAAAGCGGGUUUGGUGCCAGCUGGUCAUCCAAGACAACUUCGCCAUUUCCUUCACCGACACCUACAGCAUCUCCCCCACGCAGUACUCCACGGGCCCGCCGUUGAACGCCGACGACUCCGACCUGGUAGAACGGCCCCCCUCCGUCCCGACGGUGAGCACGUACGUGCGGGUGCUCCGGGAAAUCGCCGUGCUCAUGCCAUCGCUCGUCGACGGUCUAGGCUCCAUGAGCCAGCCCAAGCCACUCCGCGAACAAUACGCGCACGUGCUGCGUCUUGAUCGCCAGCUGCGGUCCGCAGUCAAGGAGAUCCCGCCGUUUCUUCUGCGUCCGGAUAGGGACCAGGAAGCCCGGUUCCCGUGGCUGGGCAUUGCGCGGCGCAGUCUGGCAAUCACCGCCGCCGAAAAGAUCAUCAUGAUCCACCGACCGUUUCUGUUCCGCUCGUUCAAUUCCCGCUCCUCCUCCUCCUCCUCCCCCUCCUACCAGUACACCCGACGCACCUGUGUAGCCGCCGCCGUGACCAUCCUGCGCGAGCACGAGACAAUCUGCAACGAGGGCGACUUCUUCAUCUGGACCCAUUCCGCCUUUUGCAUCACCGCGGCGAUCAUCCUCUGCUUUGAGGUGAGCGCUGCCGCCGCAGACACGCCGCCUUCGACGGGCAAGGAGGACGACGACUACCGAGCCGCGAUCCUCGCCGCCCGCAGCCGACUCGCCGCGCAAAAGAGUGACGUUCUCGCCCAGCGCGGGGUGGCGCUGAUCGACACGAUCUUCUCGUCAGAGGCGCGCCACCCGGAACUCGACUUUGAUCGCAUUUCCGCCGACUUUCUCAGACUCAAUCGGCUCAAUGCAGCGCCGCUCUUCAUGGGUGUCUCGGACGCCACGAGCGCGGAGCUUGUCUACAGUAGUAGUACCAGUAGUCCGGAUAGCCUGCCCGUGGAUGUUGAUUUUGAACCCUGGUUUCAUGAUAUUUUCUCUCACCUGGACGACCAGACAUGA